AUGCAUCUCAAAUUGGCCGUCGCUUCACUCUUGACCUCCGGCGCGACGCUGGGGGUCAACGCCGCCAGCAAGCCCAAGUUGUCAGCCAGUGCUCAAAGUUUGUUUGACUACUCCAUGGGGUCCCAGGACGCUAGAUGGGACCAGUUGUACGCUGCGAUCUUCUACCCCGACAAGGGACCGUGGUCCAACAGGUUUACUGCCUGGUACACGGCGGGCUUGCUGCAUCGCAACGAGGGAAACGACGUAGAAAACGCAAGGGCAGCAAUUGAGAACAUGUAA